AUGAGGAAGGAGAACCAGAGCAGCGUGUCUGAGUUCCUCCUCCUGGGGCUCCCCAUCCAGCCAGAGCAGCAGGGUGUGUUCUUCGCUCUGUUCCUGGGCAUGUACCUGCCUACAGUGCUGGGGAACCUGCUCAUCAUCCUGCUCAUCAGGUUGGACUCUCACCUCCACAAUCCCAUGUACUUCUUCCUCAGCCACUUGGCCUUCUCUGAUAUUUCCCUUUCAUCUAUUAUAGUUCCAAAGAUGCUCAUGAACAUGCAGACUCAGCAACAAUCCAUUCCCUAUGUGGGGUGCAUUUCUCAGAUGUAUUUUUUCAUAGUUUUUGGUUGUCUUGACAACUUCCUUCUUGCAGUGAUGGCAUAUGACAGGUAUGUGGCCAUCUGUCAGCCACUCCACUACACCACUGUCAUGAGGCAGGAGCUGUGUAUCUCAUUAGUAGCUGGGUCCUGGUUCUUCUGUUGCAUCCAUGCCCUGUUGCACACCCUUCUCUUGGUCCAACUGUCCUUCUGUGCUGAUAAUAUCAUCCCCCACUUCUUCUGUGACCUUACUGUGCUCCUGAAGAUGAGCUGCUCAGACAUCUCUCUCAAUGAACUGGUCAUCUUUACUGAAGGAGGAAUGUUUUUCAUCCUGCCCUUGAGUAGUAUCUUGGGCUCAUAUAUCCGUAUAGGGACAACUGUCCUGAGGAUCCCCUCUACUAAGGGACUCUUUAAAGCCUUUUCUACCUGUGGCUCCCAUCUUUUUGUGGUGUCUUUAUACUAUGGGACACUUGCAGGUGUUUACUUUUUCUCCCCAUCAUGGGACUGCAGUGACAAAGACAUAAUUGCUUCGGUCAUGUAUACUGUAGUUACCCCUAUGCUGAAUCCCUUCAUCUAUAGCCUGAGGAACAAAGAUAUAAAACAGGCCCUAGAAAUAUUUGUCAAGAGGGCUAACUUUUAA